CAGAUUGAGAAUUCUUGUUUUGAUUCCAAAUAUGUUGUUUUUCUCAUUAGAUUAUGUUAUUCCUCUUUGAAAGGAAUGAGCUUUUUGUGUUUCUGAGGGUUUAAUUCAAUGGUUGAAUUUUUCUUCUUUGUUUUGUUUCCAAGUUUUCAUUUUUUUUGUUACAUGAAUAACUGUGGUUAACGCUUGCUUAAAAUGGUUGGCUUGAAUUGGAGCUAAGUUGUUUUUUCACUUCCAAGACAGGAAUAUUUUUGAAUGGCAAAUGGGUCGAUGGGGAAUUUUUUUACCUUGUGGUUUGGUGUUAAUGAAAAAUUUUGGUACAUUUUUAGGUGAAGUUUGUUCGGAAGAACAUAAAAUUUUGCUUGGUUCAUGUCUGUCUUUUAUGGUAUUUGAGUUUUUAAAUGCCUUUUUCUCUGCUAUUUUACCUUGUGUUCAUUGUUGAAGAAGAAAAAUUCAAGCUUAUUUGGCUGAAUUUGAAUGCUGGAAGAUCAAUCAUGAAAGUUUGAGCUUUAUCCAUUCGCACUGGUUCAUAAAAAUUUUUGGUUUUUUUAGAAUAACAUGACAUGCUCCCCUUGUUCUUAUGUUUGUAGGUUGUGGCUGAAGCAUAACUUAAUUGGUAGACACACCUUUCCUUUUAAAAGAACCUCUAAACGAAUUUUUGUUUUCUCAGCCGAGUUAACUAUAUAUCAGAAAAAGAAGUAUUUUCCGGUUGAUCUCUAUUUUGAGUUGUAAAAGCAGCUAAACUCUACUGCUAAAUUCAAGUAAUAGGUCAAGUUAGUGCAUGAAGAAGAAUAACCAAUUUUGAUGUGCAUCCGCUUUUACCUGAUUUAUGGUGUGAUUAGCUGAGAUUAAUCUGCCAUUUACCAGAAUAUGAUAGGGCUAAUGUUCUGUUCUAGGGCUAUGUAAUGUAAUAUUCUGUUCAUACAGCAUGUUUUACAUUUCUCACACCUCAAUUAACUCUAAUUUUUUAAACCUUUUUCAGAACUGGUUGUUGCGCCCUGUGGGCUAUCAUUUCAGUUUGAACUUCAAACUUGAUGAAGGCAUCUGGCGUAUUCAUCUUUUGUUGGGUUUCAAAUUAUAUAGUUGUAAAAGCAGACUAAGAAGAUCUUGAGCAUAAUGGGAGUUCCCUUGCGCAGUGGUAAUGUAAGGAAACCAAAUGAGACAAUGAGGCUGAUUGUAACAACUUUUGCUGGAGUUAUUUUUGGCUUCUUUUUAGGAGUAUCCUUUCCAACGCUUUCAUUGACUAAGAUGAAUCUCCCAUCCAGCCUAUUUCCUUCCAUUGAUCUUACAUAUAUUGAGGACAAAUAUUCUGGACUUUCAACCCAAGCACUAUUUAAUGCUUUCAACUCUCUCAAGACUAAUAAGGUUGUCUCAAUGCCAGCUUACAAAAGCAAUGAGACAAAGAUCUGGAUUCCAACAAAUCCACGGGGUGCUGAAAGACUUCCCCCUGGAAUAAUUUCAUCUGAGUCAGAUUUCUAUCUUCGCCGAUUAUGGGGACAGCCGAGUGAGGACUUAACCAUCAAACCAAAAUAUCUUGUAACUUUUACUGUUGGUUAUAAUCAGAAAAACAAUAUUGAUGCAGCUGUGAAAAAGUUCUCAGAGAACUUCACAAUUGUGUUGUUUCAUUAUGAUGGUCUGACCACAGAAUGGGAAGAGUUUGGGUGGUCAAAGCGAGCUAUUCACGUGAGUGUUCGAAAGCAGACUAAAUGGUGGUAUGCGAAGCGCUUUUUGCAGCCUGACAUUGUUGCACCCUAUGACUACAUUUUUAUGUGGGAUGAAGAUCUUGGGGUGGAGCACUUUGAUGCGGAGGAAUACUUAAAACUUGUCAGAAAACAUGGUUUGGAAAUAUCCCAGCCAGGUUUAGAUCCAAAUAGUGGUGGGCUGACAUGGGCAAUGACAAGGAAGAGAGACAACACUGAAGUUCACAAGGAUGCCGAGGAGAGACCUGGCUGGUGCUCUGAUCCACAUUUGCCUCCAUGUGCAGCAUUUGUUGAGAUCAUGGCUACGGUGUUCUCUCGAGAUGCAUGGCGAUGUGUUUGGCAUAUGAUUCAGGUAAGCAGUGAGCUUAUUUUUUCAGGAUGUUGUCAUUUCUCAGCUUUUCCCUGUUUAUUAUAUAAAUUCUCCUUUAAAAUGCAGAAUGACUUGGUUCAUGGAUGGGGUCUGGAUUUCGCUCUUAGGAAAUGCGUUGAGCCUUCUCAUGAGAAAAUAGGGGUUGUAGAUGCUCAGUGGAUUGUUCAUCAAAGUGUUCCGUCUCUCGGGAACCAGGGACAAGCAGAGGGUGGAAGGGCACCAUGGGAAGGGGUAUGCAAUAAAUAUUCCUCUGUCUCUCUCUCACACACACACACGCACACGUUUAACAUAUGCAUGUAUUUGUUUUGUCUCCCUCUCUCUCUCUUGGUAGAUUGGCUGCAGACAGUACAAAAGUGUGCUUUUCAUCCAUUGUCGAUGAAUCUGGCAAUGGUUCUUUUGUGAGUGUUAAAACUUACAAAUUUCUUGUGCCAGGUGAGGGAAAGGUGUAGGAAAGAAUGGACUAUGUUCCAAGAUCGGAUGACUAAUGCAGAGAAAGCAUAUUAUGAAGGAAUGGGGAUGAAUCCUUUCAAUUUAACAG